CACAACCAUUGCUUGCGAUGCACAGUCACUUCACCAAGAUAGCCAAAAAAUUCUUCCAUUUAAAACUACUAAAUACUCUGCCAUUAUCUCAGAUUCCGCUGAACGCCUUAUGUUUUUCGAGUUAGACGAAUCUAAUCUCAUUUUCACUUCACUCGACUAAUCCAAUUUUUUCAAUACCACUUACUUUCAGAUCGAUUUGGGUAAAAUCUAUGGAUGCUCUGUCUCGGGCAGAUCUGGAAAGAAUUUAAUGGGGGUUUAGGGGAAUCCAUAUCAAUAUGAAGAUUAGUUCAUCGAACAAUCUGCUGUGCAAAAAAAUCAGGCAUGUAUUUGGAGGAAUUAGCCCUUUGGGCUCGCUAUCUGCAAUUGGGCAGCUGUUCUCGUUCUGCAACUCUGCACAGACAUCAUUCCCGGAGUCUUUAAUUGAAGUUCACUCCCCAGAGGAGGAAGUGGUUAUAGCUCUUGGCAGCAAUGUUGGUAACAGAAUUGAAAAUUUUAACAGAGCUUUGCAAAUGAUGAAGAAAGCUGGAAUUAAGGUUAAGGCUCAUGCUCAGUUAUAUGAGACAGCACCUGCAUAUGUAACUGAUCAACCUUUCUUCCUCAAUUCUGCAGUAAGGGCAAUCACAAAACUUGGUCCCCAUGCUUUGUUGAGUGCUCUGAAGGAAAUUGAGAAGGAUUUGGGUCGGACUAAGGGCAUUAGGUAUGGACCUCGGCCUAUUGAUCUAGAUAUUUUGUUCUAUGGAAGGAUCAAAGUUGCAUCUGAUACCCUCAUAAUACCCCAUAAAAACAUUUGGGAGAGACCAUUUGUCCUUGCUCCUCUUGUUGACCUUAUUGGAUUGAAAGCCAAAGAUGAUACUGUUGCCUGUUGGCACAGUUUGACAGGGAAAGCAGGUAGCAUAUUUGGGGCAUGGGAAAAGCUUGGAGGUGAACAUCUUAUUGGUACAGAGGGAAUGAAAAGAGUUUUUCCCAUUGGAAAUAGUUUGUUGGAUUGGUCCAAAAGAAUUCAUGUCAUGGGUGUGUUAAAUUUGACACCGGAUAGUUUCAGCGAUGGAGGACAAUACAUUUCAGUAGAUGAUGCAGUGGCUCAGGUUAGGUUGAUGAUUUCUGAAGGUGCCGAUAUGAUUGACAUUGGAGCACAAUCAACAAGACCUGGGGCAAAGAGAGUCUCAUCAGAAGAGGAACUGUCUCGGAUUCUCCCAGUUUUGGAAGCGGUGAGACAUAUUCCUGAAGCUCAAGAUAAAAUCCUAUCCGUGGAUACUUUUGAUGCAAAAGUUGCAUAUGAGGCAGUAAAGAAUGGAGUUGAUGUUGUGAAUGAUGUAUCUGGAGGUCGUUUAGAUUCAAAUAUGUUUUCUACAGUUGCAGAUCUUGAAGUCCCAUACAUUUUAAUGCACAUGCGAGGUAACCCAUCAACAAUGCAGAAUGAUGAGAAUACAACUUAUGGGGAUGUUUGUAAAGAAGUUGCUGAUGAGUUAUGCUUACAAAUAAAGAAUGCGGAGUCCUAUGGUAUUCCUGCAUGGAGGAUCAUUACAGACCCUGGUCUUGGUUUCUCCAAAACUCUUGACCAAAACAUGGAACUUCUUGGGGGUUUACCAGCUGUUAGGCAGGGACUUGCAGCAACCUGUGUGGCUGCUUCUCAUGGGCCUAUCUUAAUUGGACCUUCUCGUAAAAGCUUUUUGGGGAAAAUAUGUGGUCGUGUAAAAGCCAAUGAACGGGACCCUGCGACAAUUGCUGCUGUGACAGCUGGAGUUUUAGGUGGAGCUAACAUUGUGCGAGUACACAAUGUCAAGGAUAACUUAGAUGCUGUAAAAAUAUGUAAUGCCUUGUCCAAAAAGACUGCAAAAUUGAAGUAACUCAUAGGAAUGCUUUAUUUGAUUCAAUUUUUCUUAUCUUUCCACUGCAUAAUAGUACAUUGUCAAGUGAAGCCAAUGUCAUUAACCUUUCAUUUUAGAGCAUCCACAUACAAAUUUGAAUGAUUAGAAAGAAUAUAAAGGGUUGAUGCGUGCUUACUGCAAUACACAUGAGAUCCAAAAAUUAUUGUUAAGGCACUUUUGUUUUACCUUUAAAGACAAAGAGUGAGAGAGUAACUGUGAAAUGAAUACACUUUGUAAUACUAUCUGUUUUCUGCCCUUGAAGAUGUAGUUUUUGGACUUUUUUUUGUAAAUACAGAGUAGGCUAGAUGCAUGAUGGAGUUGGAUUCCUGACAUGCAAAUUAUGCCACAUUAGCUGUGCAAAUCCAUCACUACAAGUAUGGAGAAAACCUGCACUGUUGAUAUGGUACAGUUUUCUGAAUGAACUGCAUAGAAGUUAAUCAAGCUUUUUUCCAUGUUAAUAUGGUGCAGUUUCAAUGUAAGUAAUCAGGCAAGUAUGUUAAUACUCUGGAAGUCGUUGUUUGAAUUUA